AGUAAAGGCCAAUGUGACAAUGUGACAACGUGUCCAUGUCAAAUAAUUGCAUAUAUUUUAUUCUCAAAAAAAUUUUCAAUAUUUCUAUAAAUAAUAUAAAUUUAUUAAAAAUCGGUGUGGCGUGAUAAAAUAUAAUGUCAGCACUUUUCACUUGUUGCAUCCGUCGGAAUAAAAAAUUUAAAAGUGAAGAAAGUGAUGGUAAUAUUAUGAUGAUUGAAGCAGCACCAGAAAUAUCAUGGGAAAAUACAUUGGGUGCACCAAAUGGUGUACCAUUUGAUAAUGAUACCAGACAAUUAGUAAAUGAUUGCAUUAAUUUACCAAUGCCAUCACCAAUAAAUAUUUCAGUUCUUAUUGAAAAAAGUAAUAAUUUUCCAAUUGAAUUUCCUAUAAAUACCAUUAAAUCAAUAUCAUUAAAAGAACAAAGCAAUAUACCUGUCGAUAUGCUUGAGUUUAAUGCAAAUUCAGCAUAUCCAAUAAUACACGAGGCAAUGUUACCUUUAAUAGCAGCUUGGCUUAAAUAUAAACGUAAACAUGGCUCAAUUGUUGAAAAAGCACUAUAUAAAAAUAUGAAUUUAGUGAAAUUCAUUCAACGUUUAUUGGAUUGUCGGGCAAUUGAAUUUUGGGGUAGUGGUGAUACUUGGCGAUUAAUUGAUAAUCAACAAGGUCAAGGUGGCUGGGAAGCUGUUGGUACAGACAAAGAAACAUCACCACUUAUUUUAGCCAACUGUUUAUCAUAUGAUGAAAUAAAACUUUCGUCAAUGAUGGUUGUAUCAUCACAUUCAGAAUUUAUAAAUGAUGGUUCACGAAAUAACAGAGGAAUUUCUGCUGCUGCUGCUGAUGAUGAUGAUGAUGAUGAUAAUGAUAAUGAUGAUAAUAAUGCCAAUAAUGCUAUACAAAAAAGAGGUGUUAUAAUUGGUGUUGUAGGAUCAAGAUUUGAGCGUUCACGGGUAAUGGAACAUGAAGACAUGAUAAUAACUUUAUCUCAAAAUACUAUUGAUAAUGGUUAUGGAGAUUGGGUUGAGAAUGCUGCUCCAAAAAGGCCAUUACGUAUUAUUUGGUCAAAUUUUUAUGGUGAAGAAUAUCAUCCACUUUAUGAAGAAGCUCUUGAAAUAUUAAAAUCAUCAAAAAAUAAAAAAUACAUUCGUGUAAAAAAUCAUGUGAUAUUUGAUAUUGAAAAUUACAUGAAGAGAACAUUGUUGUCUGUUGAAAUUAUUUUGCUUGAAGCAAAUACACGAGCUGAAAAACAAAAUACAACAGCUUUUUUGCAUGUUGUAGGAUUUGGUUUAGGUGUAUGGAAAAUUAUGAAAGAUCAAGAAAUUUAUUUUUUAAAAACUUGGGAAAUAGCAUUGAAAAAAAUGAAUAAAAAAUUAAAAUACGUAUCCGACAUAAUAUUUUCACAUUUUAAAAGGGAUAAAUGUGGAAACACUGGAAAUGGCGAUUAUCUUGGAGAUAUUCGAAUUCAUUUUUCAAUGAGAGAGCCACAUAGUAAACUUGUUCGUGCAAUUGAUUCAAAUAAAUUGUUGGUUGUAACAUAUGCAUGGGAUGGUAAUGCACAUCCUGGCAAUGAAUUUUGGAGUGGUCAUUUAAAUUCCAGUGGAGAUCCUGCAGCAGCAUGUAGCACACAAAUUGCUGAACUUCACAAUUCACGUAUUAAUUCACGUACUUGUGGUGAAAAUCUUCAUAUUGCAUCACCAGAACAUGGACUAUUACACAUAUCAAAUUAUGCAAAAUUACAUCUUGCUUAGGACAAUUCUGCUGACCAAUUUAUUUCAGGUCAGCAAACUCUAAAAAUUAAUAAACAACAACAAUAUCCUACUGACAAUAAAGAUGUUUCUAAACUCUUUGAUGAUUGCACGUUAAAAUUAAAUAGUGACGACGACGACGACGACGACAACAACAAUAGUACUAGCAAUACCAAUAGACAUAUAAAAAAUACAAUUACAAAAUAUAAUCAAAGUCAAAAUAAAUUCAAAUGGAUACCACUGUCUUGUCUAGCUGAUAGAUCGACAUCAAAACAAUGUCCCAUUAUAUUUACAGAUAAGGAAAUAAAUUGUGAAAAAAAUACAGCAACUCGUUGGAUGAUUUUUUCAAAGUAUUCAACAUCAUCAAGUUUACUUGAUAGAAAAUCAUCAUUUCGAAGAUUUUCAACUCAUUAUAAUCAAAAUCAUAUGAAUUAUAAUUUAAAUAAUAACCAUGAUGAUGAUGAUAAUUUUAAAAAAGACAUUGAUGAAAGAUCAUCAUCAUCAUCAUCAAGUAGUUUUAGUAUCAAUAGUAAUUGUCAAACAAUCCCACCGUCAUAUUAUGAUAGACAAGUUAAAAAAACUACUCUUAUCAAGUGUAAAAGUGUUGAAUGUAAACCAUCAACAAAAAUCAAUAUGUUACCAAGAAAAAGACAAACAAGUCUAGAAACUGAAUGUCCAUCAGAUGUUUUACUUUCCAACUCUUCAUCUUCAUCAUCUGAUGAUGAUGAUAUUUUUCAACAAGAUUCAUUAACAUUAAAAUCAAUAAUUAAACGAAACAAACGUAAAAGUACUAGAUACAAAGUUUAUCUAACUUGAUGGCAUGAUGUUAUAUUUUUUUUUGUCAUUUACUUUAUAUAUAUAUGUGUGUAUUAAUUAUAUAUCUACAUAUAAAAUAAAAUGUCUAAUUGUCUGAUAUAUAUGUAUGUGUAUAUAGUAUUAGUAUAUAUAUAACUUUGAUGAGUGGAGAGAAAGGGAGGAAACGUAUCAGCCAUUUGAAAACUCCACCCCUAUGUUAGUUUGAUGCUCCGCCCUCACAAAAUUCAGUUGACCCGGGAAGAAGGAACAUUAACUAAAAAAUUAUACACCACCAGUCAUCUGAGGUACAUACAUACGUCAGUACAACUUUGGAUGCUGUUAACAAAAUUACAUUUACACUAUAUACAAUAAUUGUUUAACAAUUAAUUCAUUCAAGUGGACCAGUGUUUGAAAAAAUUAUUAAGUAAAAAAAAAAAGUAAAUUUAUCA